AUGGAAGUAAGGGGAAACCAAGCUCUUCCAACACACAAUAAGUAUUGUCCUCAGUGCAAUCAUUGCACGAAAAUUAGUCAAACCACGGACACUUGUUGGGACAUUCAUGGGAAACCUCCAGAUAAAAAAUGGUUCCCAAACAAGAGUACAAAGGCAAUGCAGCAGCCUGUAAUCUGGAAAGUUGCUACAUCUUCCCAAGUAGCUCCCUCUCGACCCCCUUCUUGCCCUCGAUCAACACCUGUGGGAUUAUUAAAUGGUGGAAGUAAAAGGCGCAAGACACCCAUAAUAGAGGUUAGCUAUCCAUUACCUCCUGAUGCAGUUUGGAAGAAGGUUUCUCUGCGAAGUGGCCUCGGUAAGAGGGAAAGAGAAUAUACUCAAGGCUGGAGUGUGACAGAUGAGCCACUCUGUAAACGUUGUCAAAAGCAGUGCAUGGGUAAGAAUGCCAAGAGACCUGAAUUUCUAGAAGAUCUUUUUUGUAACCUUGUCUGCUAUGAGGAGUAUCGAUUGAGAACUAGCAACCGUUUCCUCCGUGAGGAACUUUUCAAAAUUGAACAUGGUGUGUGCACAAACUGCCAAUUAGACUGUCAUAAGCUUGUUAAGGAUACAAGACCUUUGUCAUUGGAAAGGCGACGAGAAUUUAUACAGAAAAUAGCACCAAAUAUUGCUAAGCGGAAAAACAUGUUUGAGAAGCUUGUCAAUGAACCAACUGAAGGGAAUGCAUGGCAUGCUGAUCACAUUGUUCCAGUAUAUCAAGGAGGAGGUGAAUGCAAGCUAGAGAAUAUGCGUACUCUUUGUGUGGCCUGCCAUUCUGAUGUGACUGCCGCACAAUGUUCUGAACGAUCUAAAGCAAGAGCGAAUGCGAAGAAAAAACUGAAAGAGUUAAUGGGCAGUAUCAAAAUUGGUAUGAAGUGUUCUGCUGUCACUAAUAUUAAGGACCAUAGAGCUAUCGAUGAACGAGGGAGUAGUGUAAUCGAGGAUGAGCUUUUUCUCGAGGUUCCUGGAAGUGCCUAUUCUAUAGCAGACAGCUAAUGAAUAGAGAUGCACCAUAGAAAGGAUUGCGGACUACAGAGAAUUUCCAGCGUCAAUCAUUUAUUUGUAAGAGGAAAAAGUAAAAUUUGGUAGCCUCAUGAUGGAAACUGGCACGUCAGUGCAGUUGGUGUUCCAUGUGGUCUUCUGCUGGAAGAGGUCGAGGUCGAGCCAUGAAGGAAGAAUUACUUUUGGACAGAUGUGUUGUAUAGGUGAAAAGCAUGCAACUGUCAACAUUUAUACGUGUAAAAGGCCAUUAAGUCUAAGAUAUAGGUAAUUUUUGCGGUGUAAUGACACUGAUCGGGUCAUCCAUCUCUUGCCCAUCAUUGAUUAUGUAUGGCCUGGCAAGGUGUUGUAUAUUGCUACCUACACCCUAUCACUUCUGGAAUUUAUUUUCCUGAACACACUUUCGAAAAUUCUUCUCAGGAAAGCAAUCACUCCUCCCUCUCAUACGGAAAUUUCCGGUAGCUUUUUGAUGGGGUGACACAAAUUUGACAGGGUGUAGGAAGCAAUACCCUCCUACUAAUUUUUGGGCCGCUUUUGUUUUCGUGAUGCACACCCAUAAAUACAAAAAUUGCUGUUUUGCCCAUUGUGAAUUGGGAAAUCUGGAUGUUGAAAAUGACUUCCAAAUUGUGUAAU